AUGGUCAGUGCAGACUUACUGAAAAAGGUAGCAAUAUGUGGUGCUGCUUUAUCUUGUUUUGGAGCAGCAUUUUUCCACCACAGAAUACAAGGUAGUUUUAAAAAUGAGAAAUUAAGUUUCUGUGCCUAGCUAUGGUCAAAGUUUGGUGUGAUUGAUCUCCCGAUCUUUGUGGUAAGGAGUACCUGUCGUACCCUUUUGUUCCUAGUUAUCAAACUACAAAUUACUCCUUGACCAAUGCAUUACUACAGAAAGAGUAUAAAGGAUGACAUGUGAGCAUACUUUUUGGUAUGAUCAUUUUCUGAGUUCUCUCAACCUGACUGGUUGAUCAAGCAUUCAUCUGGUCUGGGAGAAACUCUUUGAUGAUCACUAUCAGGUAAAGUGCCCCAAAAUAAGUUGAAGUAAUGUUAGGCUGAGAAAACAGCUGACAUUUGGUGAUGCUACCACUAGUUUCCCCGCCAAAUGACGUCUUAGAAACGAGCGCAGAAAUUCCAUACUGAGGACAUGUCGCUACCCAGAUCAGGGUAGUGAGCCGUCAUCAGUAUGGAAUUUCUGCACUCAUUUUCUCAGACAUCAUUUGGUGGGGAAACCAGUGGUAGCAUCGCCAAAUUUCGGCUGUUUUCUCAGGCUAAAGUAAUGUACAUUUUCCUUUUUUAGCAAAGAUAGCUGCCCAAGAUUAUUACAAAAAAUCUGUUGAGGUGCUUAGGAAUCACCAGCUGGCAUCAGAUACUCUGGGGAAACCUGUUAGAAUUCCUUAUGUAAAUCUAACAAGAAAGGACAUCAGGCUUGGACGUGACUUUGCUCAGGCAAGUGAAAUGUUCAGAGAUGCCAACCUCUGGAGAUCUAAAAUCUGGAGACUCUCUAUUUUGCACUGCAGCCCCCCUUUCCUUAGCCCCGAAUAUCAACAGCCCCCCUCUCUCAACCCCGGCCACAAAUUUACCCUGCCGCCAAGGACAUCGUAUGAACAGCAUACUGUCAAAAUUCAUUUUCAUCAUUGUAAUGACAAAAUAUACCUUGUCAGUGACUAAAUAUGUGCAAAAAUGUCCCAGAAACCUCGAAAUAAAAAAGUACAAAUUUUUAGGGAAAAAAUGGGCAAAAUUCAAACUGAAGCACAGAAAAGCUCAAAAGUCUAUUUGAUCCAGGAGAUCUGGUGACCUGUACAGGAGAGCGGGAAAUCAGUGCCAUAUACAGGAGACUCCUGGAUAAUCUUGGAGAGUUGGCAUAUAUGAAAUGUUCCUUUGAGAAGGGGGACUUUGAGUAAACCGUAAGAAAAACUGGCAAAUACCGAAAUAAUAAUAAUUAAUAAUAAUUUAAUUCUUAUAUUGCGCGCUUUCCAUGAAAUGAUCAAGCGCGGAUUACAUGAUUUCUAUCUAUAAUAACUUAAUAAAGGGUAUCUAACUACUAAUUAUCUAAAAUAUACUAUGAUAAAAUUAAAAUAUACAACAUAUGUUAAAAUACUAGUAAUUAUCGUGAUAAAAAUUAAAANAAGAAAAACUGGCAAAUACCGAAAUAAUAAUAAUUAAUAAUAAUUUAAUUCUUAUAUUGCGCGCUUUCCAUGAAAUGAUCAAGCGCGGAUUACAUGAUUUCUAUCUAUAAUAACUUAAUAAAGGGUAUCUAACUACUAAUUAUCUAAAAUAUACUAUGAUAAAAUUAAAAUAUACAACAUAUGUUAAAAUACUAGUAAUUAUCGUGAUAAAAAUUAAAAAUUAAUAAAUUAAUAAAAAGCUUCCCUAAAGAGGUGCAUUUUCAGAUGGCGCUUAAAAAUAUUAACUAGCUAUUCAGAUGGCACUUAAAAAUCCCUAGGUCUGUAAUAGAACGAAUCUCACGAGGUAAUACAUUCCAAAGUGCCGGAGUUGCAACCUGGAAUGAUCCAUCCCAUCCCAUGUUUAAAUCGACAAAAUACCAAUAUCACAUAUGAUCAGUCGUGCUAAAUGUAACGUGAGCACAUGUGAAAAUCACCCCACGCUGCAUCUCGCUUUUCUUGCAUGGGGUGACUUUCACACACUCGAGUUUCACUUGCUCUACUUUCCCUGAGGGAAAAUGAGGGACUACUUGUAGUCUAAGGGGGAUGGGCACCCAGAAGAAUAGGGGGUGGGAGAAGUAUGAGAGGGGAGCGGAAGAGGAAAGGCCAAGAGGUUGGAGUUCUAAGAGGGUAAGAACUGGAAGAAAUGGGAGAAAUCAUCCAACGGUGCUUAACUGUUUAGCAGUUGAAAAAGGGUUAAACGAGGUAGCCUUCCAAGUUCUGGUCACUCAAAGUAAACAGACACUUCUAAAAUUUGGGGAUUACUUAAUAGCAUCAUUAUUUAUUGUGGUUAGUGUGACAAUAUUUUCUCUUCUUACAGAUAGUUAUUCCAGUUAGAGGAAGCAAAAUCUCAGGGAAUUUAUAUUCAUUUGCUACAAGGAGGGGAGAGGAAGGGUAUGUAUUUGAUUACUUGGGUCAAAAUAAUAUAAUUAUUUCUAGCAAUCAUAGGUAGUCCCUGGGAUUGGAUCAAGAGGAAGCAGGGAGCUUCAGUAACAAGGAUGAUGAAGGUGAUGAAAACAUCCCUUACAAAGUGAAUUCAUGCUUUCCCAAGUUGCUCAAUUCAUCAAAUGUUGGUGAAUUUUUCUGGGGUUACAUUCUAAAGACCUGUAUCUAAGUUUCAAUCUAGAAUUUGAAAAUUUUGUAUUGUGUCCACAUCCUUUUCAACAUGUAAAUUAAGGCAGUUUUAAUUUCAUGUCAUGGUUAUAGAAUGACAACAAAGACGUUUACAAAAAUGCAAUGAACUUACGAAGUUAUUGUUUUGCUAAUCUAAACCUAUUGCUUUUUUGUCAUUCUCAUCAUUGUUGCUUAUAAGCUCCCUGAGGGUUGAUUUCUAGGGUCGCAUAAUUUUUACGUGAGUACGUGGGUAAAAUUUACGUUCGCAAAUAAAAUGGAGACAAUGCAUGAAAAAUUGCUUAUAAGCAUAAAAGUUGAACCUUGCUCAACUUCUCAUUUAAGUUCAGCACUUUUUAUCUUGCCUCUGUUUUAUUUACGUGGUUAAAAUUUACGUGUGUUAACUUGCGUAGCCAAAACAGCAUCAGUGGAAAUCAACUUUUUUAUUAUUUUUGCUUUUACUGUUUGACAGAUCAUUUCAUAUACACACCAUUUUAAUCGUGGCAUACAUUGAUACAAUUUGUAAACAGUCCAUGCAUUUCUGUUUUUUUCUUUCUAGGUGGGUACUAGAGAGAGUAGAGCUUGAAGCAGGGCCAGAACAUCCCAGAAUAAAAAUUGUACCAGAGGAUUGA